AUGGACGACUUUUCAGAUACUACUACAAGAAGGAGCUCCGAUGCAUGCGAAAGCUCCUCGUCUUCAUCUACAAUACUCGGAGAGGAGGAGCCAAAGGAUUUCUUCGAAUCCGGAGGCGAGGGGACUACGAUUCAAGAGCAGAUGGAAGCUUAUGCGACAGUAGCUGGCAUUUACGCUGUGCGGUGGAGAAGGAGUCUACAAGAGUGGGGCGCUCUGGAGAGGCUACAGACAUCAGGUGUACGAUGGCGCAGGAGCAUUGUCUUCGCCCUUGCCAUCGUCUCAAUACUACUUCUCUGCCUCACAUAUUCCACGCCAAGCAUUGCAAACACGUUCAACACCUUGCCAAAUAAUUCAUCUUCCUUGAGGCCUGUAGAUCGUCUCACCCAGCCUGAACCGACCCCCGAACCCGACUCGGCCCACACAAAACCGAGGGACGUCAAGAUCUUCGCACUCAUCACCGCUGGACGGCGCGCAAACCUGGAAAUCCUUGACUGCUACCUCCGCAAAAACCUCGUUAGUAACGGCGGAUGGCUAGAUGGCGUCCACUUUGCAAUCAACACACACAAUGAGGACGAUAUCGCCUGGAUCGAUAGUGCAGUCUCUGAAGUUGACGAAUACAAAGGCAUCCCUCUCAAUGUCAUCGGCAACGAGUUCGCCGUCUUCUUCAGCCUCUACCAACAAGUCCUUGAACCGGGCCACAUCUACUUCAAAAUCGACGACGACACAGCCUGGCUCUCCGAAAAUGCCAUUUCAGAAAUGGUUACCCAACUCGUGAACCACCCAGACGCCUUCCUCGUCUCCGCAAAUCUAAUCAAUAGUGCUGAAAUGGGCUGGAUGCAUCGCGGCCGUGGCGCAAUCCACGCCUACCUCCCCGAACCGACCGCCCCCUCCACCCCACCAAAGCCCUACUCCUGGCGUCCCUCCGAACUCCCGACAUACUCCGCCCCGCUACCUCUAGAUGGCACCGCAUUACCUGGCCACCCUAAAGACGGCGGCUACGAAGAGCCUUCGGAGACGGAAUACGUUUCGCCCUACCAUCACCACCGCUGGCUCCCCCUCCGCGACGAUUCCCUCCUUCCUCUAACACCCAUGUGGCACACCGCGUAUGCAAAAUACUCCCCAGACUUCUCCCACUGGACCCACGCCGCACAGAAGCACUAUUCCCUCCUCGAAAACAUCGAGCGCGACGAGCUGUGGCGGUACGACUUCGGCGGGCCCGAUGGAACCUGGAAUAUGAUGUACCACCACAUGAACAUCAACUUCAUCGCAUUCCGUUCCGACGAUAUGCUGCGCGCGUUGGAAUUUGCCGGGCCGGGGGGGAAAGGUUGGCGGAGGGCUGGAAUGAUGAGUGGUUUUUCACCAUGGAUGCGCCGAGACGGAUGA